AUGACUUCAAAUACGGUAAGGAUUGUAGUUUGUGGAGAUGAGGCGGUUGGUAAGUCUUCAUUAAUCACUGCAUUAUUGAAAGAAGAAUUCGAGCCCAACAUCCAGAAAGUUAUCCCACCGAUUACAAUAUCCAAAGAAGAUUACGCCACAAGCGCGUAUGAGUAUUUGAUGGAAUCAGAAUCCAGUAGUGCCACCACUGCAGCCAAAUCUUCUACUUCGAGAAGGAAGUCACAUUCUUCGAGGAUGAAUAAAGGUAAUUCCUUUUCUGGAAAAUCAUCUUCGUCAUCCCUGCUGUCUACAUUUAGUCCAAAAACAUCGGCGAUAGCAUCCUCAUCCUCUUCCCUUUCAUCAUCCUCUUCACCUUCCUCCUCGUCAGUGUCCCUCUCUUCUGAUUCUCCAGAUAAAGAUUUAACAUCGUCGAGCGGCUCAAUCCAUUUGCUGAGAUAUAUACCCACAAAUACCAUCCUCGUAGACACGAAUCUGUCCGAUGCUGCCCAGCUUCAAAAGGAAUUGAAAAGAGCAGAUGCUAUUUGGCUAGUAUACUCCGACCAUUAUACGUACGAGCGUAUUUCUAUACAUUGGUUAGCGAUGUUCAGGUCCAUGGGUGUUAGUUUACCCAUAGUCAUAUGUGCUAACAAGUCAGAUAUCCAAGAUGCAACCUCGAGUACCCCGAAACAACAAAACGCCGAAGAAUUUGUUCCCUUGAUAAAUGAAUUCAAAGAGGUCGAAGCCUGUAUAAGGUGUAGCGCUAAAUCAAACUACAACGUCAGUGAAGCGUACUAUUUGUGUGAACGAGCCAUUACACAUCCAAUCUCGCCUAUUUUUGACUCCAAAGAAGGGAACUUGAAACCAAGUUGCGUAGUUGCAUUAAAACGAAUCUUCUUCCUCUGUGAUAAAGAUCAAGAUGGCUUCUUGAACUUUGAGGAAUUUUCUAAAUUGCAUAUGAAAUGCUUCAAUACACCCUCGACAAAUGAACAGUUCCAAACUAUUAUCAAUACAAUUGGAAAGACCAUCUUCCCAGACGAGAACAAAGGGGAUGAACUUAAAUUAUCGGAAGAUGGUUUCAUUCUCUUGAAUAAAAUAUAUGCUGAAAGAGGCAGACAUGAAACUAUCUGGGGAAUAUUGAGAAGCUUCCAAUACACCAAUUCCUUAUCAUUACAAGACAAGUUUUUAUUCCCACAAUUGGAUAUUCCUAAUAAUUCAAGUGUUGAAUUGGGGCCCAUAGGUUAUAGAUUCCUUGUUGAUCUAUUUUUAAAAUUUGAUAAGGAUAAUGACGGGGGAUUGAAUGAAGUAGAAUUGAACAACUUAUUUGUACCUACACCUGGUAUCCCUAAACUUUGGCAAGAGUGCCAAUUCCCUUCUUCUAUUGUGAGAAACGAGGAAGGGUAUGUCUCGUUACAAGGUUGGCUAGCCCAAUGGAGCUUGACUACGUUCUUGGACUAUAAAACUACCCUUGAAUACUUAGCUUAUUUAGGUUUCGAUGACUACGAAACAUCAUCUAUAAAAGCAUUGAAAGUGACAAAACCGAGGAAAACAAGACAAAAGCAAGGAAAGCAUUACAGGCAGCAAGUCAAUGACAGAAAUGUGUUCAAUUGCUUCAUAAUAGGUGCUCCAGGGUGUGGGAAAACCUCAUUACUCGAACUGUUUUUACGGGGAAGUUUCAGUGAAGUGUAUAAUCCUACGAUAAAACCUAGGAUAUGUGUUAAAGAUAUUGAACUUAGAGGAGGUAAGCAGUGCUACUUGAUCUUAGAAGAAUUGGGAGAAUUGGAGCCUGCUAUCUUGGAGAAUAAACUCAGGCUCGAUCAAUGUGAUGUAAUAUGUUAUGCUUACGAUUCAUCUGACCCAGAGUCAUUUCAGUAUCUUGUUGAUUUGAGAGAGAAGUAUUCUAGCAGGCAUACCAAUAACGGGAGUCUCAAUGGAAAUAUGAAUAGUGUAAAUUCAAUUAGUAGCAGCAUAGGGGCAGUAGUCGGUGGAGUGACAGGGACUGUAGGUGGGAUCGACGAUCACCACCACCAUAACUACAAUACGAAUAAUCACUUGGACGAAAUACCAAGUGUGUUCGUAGCAUUGAAAGCUGAUUUAGAUAAGCAACAGCAGAGAUCAGACAUACAACCGGAGAACUAUACAAGAGAUUUAUUUUUGAGUUCUCCCAUACACAUUUCUUCGUCUUGGCCCACUUCCAUUCAUGAAUUGUUUAUUCAGCUAGUUGACGCUGCGAAGAAUCCAAGAACAGCCACUCCUGGUUUAGAGACGGAGCCUGAAGACGCUGAUUUGGAAAACAUGAAGCACUUAAUUUUGGCGGGGGGUGCCAUAGGAAUAAUGUCUAUAGUUUCGAUUUGGAUCUGGAAGAGUUCACUCCAAAGCACCAGGUAA